AACCACAUUCUUUGCUAAAAUAGAAAAAAAAAUGCAGUAUUCCAAAGAGGAAAAAGAACUUGUCAUCUUCUCAUAAUUUUGUUCUUCUUGAAUAGCUUCUUCUUCAAUUUUGCUUCAAAAAAAUCCCCCAAAUUCUCAAAUGCUGCAAAACCCAUCUCGAGAAUUGCUUUCUCUGUUCUCUAAUGGCGUCUCUUUUCCAUUUUCCCACUUCCCAUAAGCUCUUUUUGCCUUCUCAGACUCUUAGCCCUUCUAUCUGUAUACGCCACAAUCAUCAUUUUUUUCUAAUUUGUCGUUCAAAAUCAAAAAUUUAUGCUUCAAUUAAGAAAUCCAGGGCAAGCCGGAAGGUGAAAAGCAAUGAUGAUCUCUGCAACGACAUCAGAGAAUUUUUAUCUUCUGUUGGACUUCCGGAGGAUCACGUACCCACCAUGAAAGAGCUGUCACAGAACGGAAGGCAAGACCUUGCAAACAUCGUUAGAAGAAGAGGAUACAAAUUUGUCAAGGAGCUUCUUUUAACUUCCAAACAACCAGCCUAUGAGUGCAUUGGAGAGGAUGGACUUGUUGAAAAAAGUGAAGAUGGAUCGUUAGAUGGGAAAAUAGCAGACAUGGCUCAUGAUGUUUCUUUACCAAGUGAAGCUUCUGCAGUGGAUUCCUACACGAAUGAUGCAAGCAAUGAUUUGAUUCUGAAUUCGGAUGAGCAAAAUUCUGGUGAUCAAGAAUUCUUGGGGUAUUCUUUCUUGGAGGAAAAGGUGGUCAAUUUUAUUCAGAAUGGAGAACUGGAUAGCAUAGAGGGUAGUGGCUUUGAAAUCUUUCAAAGAGAGGGAUCUAUUGAAGGACAGAAUGGUGCUAAGAUAUUGAGUGGAAGUCCCAUUGCACAAUCAAUCCAGCAUGAUGAACAUCCUAGUAUGCAGAGUUCUCUGAUGAGGAAUGAUAGCCUGUCAGCUGAAUACUUAACCAUGACUGAAGGGAUAAGUAGUGCUGAUACUGAGCCCCACAAUAUGGAGAUUCAAGCUGAAAUUAAUCAUCUCAAGUUCGUGCUGCAUCAGAAGGAGCUGGAGUUAACUCAAUUGAAGCAGCAGAUUGAAGAGGAAAAGCGCUUACUAUCAGUUUUGCAAAUCAAAGCUGAAACAGAAAUAAGGGAAGCGGAAAGACUUAUUUCAGAAAAAGAUGCAGAGCUAAAUGCUGCUGAAGAUAGCCUCUCAGGACUAAAGGAGGUUGAAAUCCAAUAUCGGGCAGAAGGUGAAAAUGUUGAGGUGGCUGGCAGCUUCAAUGGGUGGCAUCAUAAAAUAAAAAUGGAUCCACAAGAAUCACCAGAUCCCAUCGGCGAAGAUAUACAAUCAUCAUCAGAUAUCGUAGAUCCCAUUGGCGAUGAUAUCCAAGCAUCAUCAGUUAUCGUAAAUCCCAUUGGCAUGAGGGAACCUCGACUUUGGAAAACUGUGUUAUGGCUGUAUCCAGGAAUAUACGAGAUAAAAUUCGUUGUUGAUGACCGCUGGACAACUGAUCCUCAAAGAGAGUCUGUUACUAGAGGUUCGAUACACAAUAAUGUACUACGAGUUGAUAGAUGACUACUACAGACACAGGUAGGUUAGUUGAGGUGAAUAAAAAUGAAUACAUUGGUGAAGAUAUACAAAGCAUACAUCCCAUUAUUCUCUUAUUUGGGCUGAUUUUUAAUGAGGCAUUUUGUUAGUUAUGUAAUUAUAAACAUUCUUAGAUAUGGUAUUAUAUUCAGGUUUUUAUUCUUAACUACAUUGGCAAAAUAGUACAUGGGACAUAAUCAACAGAGUUAUUGAAAAAGUUAUGGCCGUAU